AUGUCUCCCCGGCCUUGCCUGUCUCCCCCGUCUCUUCCCCAUGUCUCCCCGGCCUUGCCUGACUCCCCCGUCUCUUCCCCAUGUCUCCCCGGCCUUGCCUGUCUCCCCCGUCUCUUCCCCAUGUCUCCCCGGCCUUGCCUGUCUCCCCCGUCUCUUCCCCAUGUCUCCCCGGUCUUGCCUGUCUCCCCCGUCUCUUCCUCAUGUCUCCCCGGCCUUGCCUGUCUCCUCCGUCUCUUCCUCAUGUCUCCCCGGCCUUGCCUGUCUCCCCCGUCUCUUCCUCAUGUCUCCCUGGCCUUGCCUGUCUCCCCCUCUCUCUCUUCCUCAUGUCUCCCUGGCCUUGCCUGUCUCCCCCGUCUCUUCCCCAUGUCUCCCCGGUCUUGCCUGUCUCCCCCGUCUCUUCCCCAUGUCUCCCCGGUCUUGCCUGUCUCCCCCGUCUCUUCCCCAUGUCUCCCCGGUCUUGCCUGUCUCCCCCGUCUCUUCCCCAUGUCUCCCCGGCCUUGCCUGUCUCCCCGGCCUUGCCUGUCUCCCCCGUCUCUUCCCCAUGUCUCCCCGGUCUUGCCUGACUCCCCCGUCUCUUCCCCAUGUCUCCCCGGCCUUGCCUGUCUCCCCCGUCUCUUCCCCAUGUCUCCCCGGUCUUGCCUGUCUCCCCCGUCUCUUCCCCAUGUCUCCCCGGUCUUGCCUGUCUCCCCCGUCUCUUCCCCAUGUCUCCCCGGUCUUGCCUGUCUCCCCCGUCUCUUCCCCAUGUCUCCCCGGCCUUGCCUGUCUCCCCGGCCUUGCCUGUCUCCCCCGUCUCUUCCCCAUGUCUCCCCGGUCUUGCCUGUCUCCCCCGUCUCUUCCCCAUGUCUCCCCGGCCUUGCCUGUCUCCCCCGUCUCUUCCCCAUGUCUCCCCGGCCUUGCCUGUCUCCCCCGUCUCUUCCCCAUGUCUCCCCGGCCUUGCCUGUCUCCCCCGUCUCUUCCCCAUGUCUCCCCGGUCUUGCCUGUCUCCCCCGUCUCUUCCCCAUGUCUCCCCCGUCUCUUCCCCAUGUCUCCCCGGUCUUGCCUGUCUCCCCCGUCUCUUCCCCAUGUCUCCCCGGUCUUGCCUGUCUCCCCCGUCUCUUCCCCAUGUCUCCCCGGCCUUGCCUGUCUCCCCCGUCUCUUCCCCAUGUCUCCCCGGUCUUGCCUGUCUCCCCCGUCUCUUCCCCAUGUCUCCCCGGCCUUGCCUGUCUCCCCCGUCUCUUCCCCAUGUCUCUCCGGUCUCUUACCCAUGUCUCCCCGGUCUUGCCUGUCUCCCCCGUCUCUUCCUCAUGUCUCCCCGGCCUUGCCUGUCUCCUCCGUCUCUUCCUCAUGUCUCCCCGGCCUUGCCUGUCUCCCCCGUCUCUUCCCCAUGUCUCCCCGGUCUUGCCUGACUCCCCCGUCUCUUCCCCAUGUCUCCCCGGUCUUGCCUGUCUCCCCCGUCUCUUCCCCAUGUCUCCCCGGUCUUGCCUGUCUCCCCCGUCUCUUACCCAUGUCUCCCCGGUCUUGCCUGUCUCCCCCGUCUCUUCCCCAUGUCUCCCCCGUCUCUUCCCCAUGUCUACCCGGUCUUGCCUGUCUCCCCCGUCUCUUCCCCAUGUCUCCCCGGUCUUGCCUGUCUCCCCCGUCUCUUCCCCAUGUCUCCCCGGUCUUGCCUGUCUCCCCCGUCUCUUCCCCAUGUCUCCCCGGCCUUGCCUGUCUCCCCGGCCUUGCCUGUCUCCCCCGUCUCUUCCCCAUGUCUCCCCGGUCUUGCCUGUCUCCCCCGUCUCUUCCCCAUGUCUCCCCGGUCUUGCCUGUCUCCCCCGUCUCUUCCCCAUGUCUCCCCGGUCUUGCCUGUCUCCCCCGUCUCUUCCCCAUGUCUCCCCGGCCUUGCCUGUCUCCCCCGUCUCUUCCCCAUGUCUCCCCGGUCUUGCCUGA